UCAAACGGGAGGCGGCCAAUGGGAGGCGAGGCCGGGGCGGGCGCUGAGUUUGAGCCCGGCGGCGGGCGAGGUGGCGGCGGCGGCGGGCAUGGCGCCGCGCGGGGCCUGAGGGCGGCGGCAUGGCGGAGCGGCGGCGCGGCGUGCAGCGCCUGGCCGUGCUGCAGGAGCUCCGCGCCUCCUACGGCAUCAAGGUGAAGGGCGGCAGCUGCCCGCCGGCCGACAAGACGCACGGAGCGACGCCCGCGGAGGGUAAGAUCUUUGGAGUACCUUUUAAUGUGUUACCACAAUCACUUGUGCCAGAAUAUGGGUAUAUUCCCAGCUUUCUGGUUGAUGCCUGUGAGUAUCUGGAAGAACAUAUUCAUACCGAAGGACUCUUCAGAAAAUCUGGAUCUCUUGUUCGUAUAAAAGCCUUAAAGAGUAAACUGGAUCAAGGUGAAGACUGCCUGUCAGCUGCACUACCGUGUGAUGUUGCAGGGCUUCUUAAACAGUUCUUCAGAGAGCUGCCAGAACCUAUUCUUCCACCUCAUCUGCAAGAAGGCCUUUUCAAAGCUCAGCAGCUAGGAAAUGAGAAGAAAACUGCCACUGUGUUGCUUUCGUGUUUAAUGACAGACAGAACAAUUGAAGCUUUGCGGUUCUUUUUCAGAUUUCUGAGAAAUGUGUCCCUAAGAUCCAAUGAAAAUAGAAUGGAUAGCAGCAAUUUGGCAGUGAUUUUUGCUCCCAACCUCUUGCACACGAAUGAAAGUGAAAAGAUGUCAACCACCACAGAAAAAAAAAUUCGCUUGCAGGCUGCUGUUGUGCAGACACUUAUUGAUAAUGCAGAAGAAAUCGGACAGGUACCAGAAUUUAUCUUGGAAAAGAUUCCUGCAAUGUUAGGUGUUGAUGCCUUUCAGUCUACUCCCUCACUGAGGGGCCAUGAAGACAGUGAAAAUGAAUCUCCCAGUGAAUGUAAGAGGAGGAAGCACCGAAGUGUUGGGGAUAUUGUUAGUGGAGCAUUGAAUAAAUUUAAAUCUAACAGAACACCCUCCACUACCCCUCAGCAAGACAGAAGCGUCCUUUCAUCAGUGACUCCUAUGGUUCUCACUCCAACUACGAAGCGUAAACUUCCAGCUGAUUGCUCUCAGGGCUUGUCCAGCAAGAAGAGGCGAUCUUUAAAGCAUAAUUUUGCUUUCGAGUUCUUACCAAGUAGCAUUUUUAACAGCAGCUUGACACCAGCAUCAGUUCACUUUGAAGCAAGCCCUUCUGUGUCUCUUGAGUCAUCUCAAACCUCAUUAUCUCCUUCAACUGGUGGUGAAAAUCAUUUGUCUAGUACAGGGAACAGAAGAAGUAAAAGACUUGCGAACAAAAAGUUAUACAGGGCUGAAUCGGGAAAAACAGGUUGUUUUUCUCCAAAGAUUAGCCGAAAAGAGAUGGUUCGUAGGUCGUUACGCUUGAAGUUUGGUUUGGGGAAAAGCAACAGAGAUCAUAUUGUAUCAGGAUGUGCAGUUGGUAAUAGAUCUGAAAAUAUUGGAAGGCGUCUCGCAAGUCAACAAGGUUUGGAAAGCAGAGAUGAAUGUGCAAAAACAGAUGUACUCUUCAGCCCAUACAUCAGUGAAAAAGUCUGUAGGAAAGGUUCAAAGAAUGUGAGCAAGUCAGAAGAAAACUUGUUAACUCCAAAAUGCAAUGAUAAAGUAGUUUACAGAAUGUCAUGGAAUAGUCCUACUGUUACAGAUUCUCAGGAGAUCGGCAGCAAUGAGGGAAUUUUGCCAGGAUGUGCUGAAACAGGAGACAGUUCUUCAGAAUCUGCUUUCAUAUUUGGAAAACCAUCAGUUGUUCCAGAUGAACACAGACCCACAGCUGCACACAAACAAGACAACAGGUUAAAACUCUGUGAAGAAGAAAGUAACUUGACUUCUGAAACAUUACUGAAAAUUAAACAAGCCUUCUCUGAAUCUGGAAGUAAUCUUCACAGUCUGAUCACUGAUACAAAGUCGUCUUUCUCAAAUGUACCAGGUGAAACAUUACAUGAAACUCUGUGUCUCACAGGGCUAGGUCCAGAGAAAGAGUUGGCAGCUGAACUUCCUGGAAGUCUAGCAACUGCAGACCCCAGAGAGCUGUUCCACCAACAGAAUCAAUCUUUUGCUAUUGAUAAACAACAAUCAAACAAAGAUGCAAGUAAAAUUCUGGAGAAAAGAAGCUUCAAAACUUCUAUUGAGGUUGAACUUCAGGUCCAAAAAACAGAUGUAAAAAAUGCAAUAGAACAACUUCUUGUGCCACAAGUACAGGCCAGGGAAGAUGAAUUAACUGUUCAGAACAGUCCAGCAAAAGAUGGCAUAAACAUAUUAGAUUCCUUUGGAAGAAAAGAGGAAGUAGAGUUAACACGUUCACAAACACCUGAAAACUGUAUAUUAAAAUGCUGUAAUUUAGAAGAAAAUACUGCUAAACUUUCUGGGUUAGGAGAGCUUCCUGCUUUGCAGUUGCCUAGAUCAGGAAAUGAAGUAGGCAACCAAGACUCGCAAGCUGAAAACUCUGAUAAAACUUCAACUAAAACAUCAUCUGUUUCUGACCAUGGAAAGGUUUCAGAACACAUACAGUGGUUCAACAAGCUUUCCUUAAAUGAUCCAAGUUCUGCAAGCAAAACUAAACCACCUCUUAAAUUCCAGCGUACUCCUGUUCGACAGUCUGUGAGAAGAAUUAAUUCCUUAUUGGAGGCUAACAGAAGAUCUGUAAGCUCUCAGAUGGUUAGAGGUAAUGACGUUGGUUCACCACUUGUUAAAUCUUUGAGCUGUGAUUCUGCACUCUUCUCCUGUGCAGAAAAGCCCUCUAAGAAUUCCACAGCUUUUUCACUCAGGAGUGAAAGUACACGUGACCAAGCUUCUACAUCUCAUAGUCAGCUUGACUUAACAUCCAAAUCAUGUCAUAGAUGUCUAAAUCCAUCAGAUAAGCCUGAUGUUUCCUUUAGAAAUACUGGAAUCUACGAACAGAAAGUGACUGUUCUUCCAUUGAAGUCUGUUCUGGAAGAUCUAACCAAUCAUGAAACCGUGAAAUCUAGUUUAAAAGCUAAUGCAGAUGUAAAUAUUCCAGGUUUUGCUCCAGAAAAAACUACUGUUGCAAGAAGUGCUCCAGGAAAAGAAAAAAUUCGUUACAGAGGCUCUCCAAAGAAUCCAAUAUCUAAAGUGAAACUGCUACCAACUGCAAAACCAGUAGACUUAUAAGAUUUAAUAUGGUUGCUAAAUGGGCUUAUUGUAACUUGGAAAAGCUAAAUUUUUGUUUUCUGAUUUACAAGUUAUAGGCUUGUACAAAUAACAAUUUUGGUUUUAUGUUGAUUUUUUUUUUACUUAGGCUUUUUUGUAACUGCAAGUUCACCCAAAUGGAUUUGUUUUUUUUAAGUCUGUUUUUACGUAUGUUUGCGUUAAAGCUCAUACUUGAUUACCUCAGCUUCUAAAAGCGUGCUGCAUGUCCCAAAACAAUUUCUGUGGCGUUUAGACUAAAUACCAGUUUACAAAAAAAUCUCAGACAUUUAAACUGAACAGAUGUGAAGAGAAGACUUGAUGAUGAAUCUUGGUACAUUUGUUUUCUUUACUUUAUAGUUUCAUGUGUAUUGUAGCGCUACUCUGAUAUUUAAGUUGGACCUUACACCAGCUCUACUUCUUUUGAGACAUUUUUAAUUACUGUUGGAGUAAAGUGGGAGCAGUUUCCUUGUUAAGUAAAUGAACCAUAUUUUGACGUGUACAAAUACUGAAAAAUGUGCAAGCAAAUUCAAGCAAUGAAAGUCUUAAUAUUUCAUCAGGUGAUGUGUUUUGCAAUACGUACUAUGUAUCUUCAGUUGUGAGCAGUGAAAUGUUUUAGUACAAAAAUAUAGUCUUAACUUAUUUUUAGAGCUGUAUGAUAGUGUGAACUAGAUGGUGCAGAAGCAGAGCUUAGAUGUUGAUUAUGUUGCAAGGGAGAUGAAUGUAAGAAGCCAUAGUCUGUUAAAAGUUGAUUUGCACAAGCAAAUGUUUACAUCUUUCGGAAUGAGAACUGUUUGUCUGUCAUCGGUUGUAAAAUUAUUUAAGAGUAAACACUUAAACUGUUAGCUUUCUGUAUGUGCAAAUUCUUUAUUGGCAAAAUACAAGAGCUGAAAGCACUGGAUACUUUUGGUUUUAAUAAAACCAUGGUUUUUUGUCCCUUC